AGCCGCCCCCCCCCGCGCCCCCGCCCCCAGCCUCCACACCUCCUCCCUCGCCUUUCUCUCCCGCUCCCCUCCCCCAGCCACCGCACACACGCACACACACAAACAGAGAGGGAAGGGGGGAGGGUGAGAAAGAGAGAGAGAGGAGAGAGAGAGGGGAGAGAGUCCCCGGCUCCCUCCCUCCCUCGCACACAGCGACUGGAGACGGACGGAGAGCAACGCGCUGGGAGAGGAGAGACCACCGACAGCAGCCCCGCGCUCUCACACAUACACUCACACUCGGCUCUUUCCUCCCCCCACCUCCUCCUCCUUCCACCCCCACCACUAACACCAUCUCCUCCUCCUUCUCUCUGCAACGAGAAAAAAAAAAGCCAUUUACAGUUGAAACAGUUGGAGGAUAAUGCAAAGGAAGACGCUGCCUGGGAAUUCGCCGUCUGUGGAAAUGCGCCCCAGAGAGGAAUAAAGCAGCCCUCACCUUGCUGUCCCCACCCGGACCCACUUUCCCCUCCCGCCUCGGCCCCCGCCCCGACUCCACCAUCACCCCCUUCCCGCCCCCCCACCUCUCCCCCUUUCCCACCCCGGUGUCGGACCAGGCGGUCCCCACUUCCACCCUGCACCCCUUCUUCCCCCCCUGCACCAUGAACACCAAUGUCUGCGUGGAGCCCGGGCCGAGCCCGGAGGCCCCGGGCUUGCCCAAGGAGAGCCACCUGCCCGAGGGGGCCCUGAACAGCCUUGUGGAUUACAACUCGGAGAUGGAGCGCUACCGCUCCUUCGCCACCUCCUUCUACAAGACCAACGGGGGCGCCUUCCCGCAGGCGGCCAAGAUCGCGCGCAUCACCACCCCCAUCUUCCCCAGCAGCGCCGCCGCCGCCGCGGCCGCCGCGCGCAUCGGCAUGUCCCCCUGGAACUGUGACAACGCGGCCACCGCCGCCGCCGCCACCGCCAUGCUCUGGGGCAGCGGCGGGGGCGGGGGCGGCGGCGGCGGGGGCGGGGGUGGGGGCGGCGGGGGCGGCAGGAAAUCCUCCUCCGCCGCCGCCUCCUCCUCCGCCUCCUCCUCGGCGAUCCUCCCCGCGGCCGCCGGCGGCGGCGGUGGCGGCGGCGGCGGUGGCGGCGGCGGCGGCGGUGGUGGCGGCGGCGGCGGCGGCGGCGGCAGCAGGACCAGCAUGCACCACCGAAACGACUCCCAGCGGCUGGGGAAAGCUGGCUGCCCGCCAGAGCCGUCGUUGCAAAUGGCAAAUACUAAUUUCCUCUCCACCUUAUCCCCUGAACACUGCAGACCUUUGGCGGGGGAAUGCAUGAACAAGCUCAAAUGCGGCGCUGCUGAAGCAGAGAUAAUGAAUCUCCCCGAGCGCGUGGGGACUUUUUCCGCUAUCCCGGCUUUAGGGGGCAUCUCAUUACCUCCAGGGGUCAUCGUCAUGACAGCCCUUCACUCCCCCGCAGCAGCCUCAGCAGCCGUCACAGACAGUGCGUUUCAAAUUGCCAAUCUGGCAGACUGCCCGCAGAAUCAUUCCUCCUCCUCCUCGUCCUCCUCAGGGGGAGCUGGCGGAGCCAACCCGGCCAAGAAGAAGAGGAAAAGGUGUGGGGUCUGCGUGCCCUGCAAGAGGCUCAUCAACUGUGGCGUCUGCAGCAGUUGCAGGAACCGCAAAACGGGACACCAGAUCUGCAAAUUUAGAAAAUGUGAAGAGCUAAAGAAAAAACCUGGCACUUCGCUAGAGAGAACACCUGUUCCCAGCGCUGAAGCAUUCCGAUGGUUCUUUUAAAGCAGUAGUAAAUCUUAUUUUCAAGGCAUUUGGAAAUGAAGGGCAAAUUAAUGUCUUGUUUUAAGAAACUGCUUAGUCCACCACUGAAGAAAAUAUCCAGAUAUUAUUUUCAUUUUAUGUAUAGGGGUUUCUUCAAAAAAAAAAAAAGGAAAAGAAAAGAAAAAAGAUACAUAAAAAUAAUGUGGGAGCUUGGGGAAUUGGCCAGUCUAUUUACUUUCAAUACACUGAUUCUUUCUUUGAUGUAACUUAGCGAUACUAGUGAAGUUGUUGUCUAUUUUGAACGUGGCUGUAAAAAAUAAGUUUGGGUAAACCCCUGCUGUAAAAUCAUGUAUCUUUGCAAAGUACAUAUCUAUACUUCAUUUUCAAAUAUAUGUGUUUCAGUACUGUAAACUGUACAGAUAGCAGCUUGUAUUUUGUGUGUUUAGACACAAAGAGACAAUCAUGUCUGAGCAUCUAUGGAGAUUAACAGUUUGUACACAACAGUAUGGUUUUGCGAGUUAAAUCUGGAGCAAUAAAUUUUAGCUUUAAAUAUUUUUUGCCAGUUGUUUCUAGAAGCAGCAACAGCACUGGCACUGUUUUGCCAUGCAUCUUUCCAUAGAGACUUGAUGCCAAGUUUUACAAGACUCAAAGAUUGUGAUGCAUCCAGCAAUUACCUUCAGUUGUAUUGUUAUAAGAGGGGAAGAUGUUAUGAAAGUUUCAAUUAAUCUUUUGAGCACUAUAUUAGAGUAGUGGUUAUGCACUUGCAUUGCUUACAAACGAGCUGUACAGAAGGGUAUACCUCCCAAAUACUUAGUGUAGUUGACUUGUCUUGGGUUGCACUGUAAGGCGGAGUACUCAGAGUAGUUGGAAAAUGCAGAAUCAGUUGUAUAAUUUUUUUAAAGCAGUAUUUUAUAGGCUAAUGAAUAAAGUACCAGAUUUUAGGGGGAGAAAUCUGUGUCUGACAUUUUGCCCAGCCAAACAGUGGCUGUAUAAUUUUUUUGUUUCUUGUUUUAUUUUUUGCUUUUAUUUUUGGUAGGACAAAUAAAAAUAAAGAAUAACCAAAUGUUUUAAUUAUCAAAUGGGUAGUUUUAACGCUUGAAUACAUUGAAGGCCUCCUGACUUGAGGCAUAGCUGGGUAUAUUUUUCAGUCAAAAUGAGUUAAACACAUUCAUAAAAGUGAAGCGUUUUCUCUCUUUUUGUCUUCCUUUCUUCCAGCUGGACUAGUGGCCUUCCUUUGGUCUCUCAAUGGAAUGCUCCAUUGCUCCCAUUCCUGUCCUUGUUUCUCCAUGCUUUCACUUCCAAAAAGACCAGGGCCACAGUCUCUGGAAUCCACAAAUACAAACAGCCCUCUCCCCACCCCCACCACAUACACACACAAAAGAACUAAUGCUUCAUAGGAUGUGUGCUACUUUUUCAUGCAGGAUUUGGUUUUCUUAUGCUAGUAAGUCUUCUUAAGACUGUCUAAUUAGGACAAAUAUUACUUGUUUUUUUUUUUUUCCCUUUUUUGCCAGAUUACAAAGUUUUUUUUUUUAAGUUUCAGUAAUAAAACAUAGUUUGCCAAAAAUACACAGAAUAUCAAAGUUGCCAUGUUUUGGCAAUAUUUUAUUCUUUAUCCACUAGCUAGUUAUUUUAGCCUACUACAUCCAUUAGUGUCCUGAAACAUGUUAGCAAAAUGGAUCGUGAGAAGAAAAAUAACUUAAGAAAGAAUGAUAGAGCAGUGUAAAGUUUAAAGUGUAAAGUUUUGGAAAGACUAGCAGGUGAAUAUUUUUGAAAAUCUAAUUGUAGUUUUGACUGGGAAAUAAUAUGACAGAAAAGAUGAUUAAAAACACAGAAGGGGCACUUCAUCAUUAGAGUAUUAGGGGAAGGGGUGAAUAAGGCACUUACAAAUGCCAGUGUGAAAAGUAAAUGAGACUUGACUUGCCUGGAGUAUGAACACGUGGUCUUUAGUUAUGGUCAAAAAGCUUUUCUUCAGGAAAAAUCAUGAUAUAUUAUAUCUGUCAAUGUUUGGAGACAAGAAUUAAGUGAUUACAGGCCAAAACAUGCUGUAUAUUAAUUUUGAGAUAGCCUUUUACUUGUUAUAUGUUCCUGUGAGGCUUUCCAGUUAGAAUUUCUAUUUCUGCUGUGGGACCAAUGAGAGCUAGAUGAGUUCGUUCUUGUUCAUUUUUAUUUUAUUAUAUUUUAUGUUAACUUUUUGUUCGCCAAUUUGCUAAUCACUUACAACUUAUUUUCACACUUGAAUGGUAAACUUGCCUUGCUUUUUGUAAAAAGAUAAUUACUCCAGAAGUGAAACAAACUCUUGUUCAGGCUAUAUUAGAUAUACAGUAACAAAGAUCUCGUAACAAUUCACUCAGAGUCUAAAAUACAUUCUCGUGUUACAUGUUUUGAUAUGUUUUGUUUGCUUUCUUAUAGAACUGAUGAAUCUGUAUAUUGUAAGAUGUGGUGUUUUACACGUCAAUUCAUUUUUUAAUGAAAGAAAAUAUGUUAAUUACUGAAAUGGAAAGGAGUAGCUUUUCUUUAAUUACCUUAUGCUUUUAUUCUUGAUAGUGUUCUUUUACACCAUCCACUUUUGUGUUUUGGUUCAAACUCUAAUUAUGUAAUGUAGGGUGCAUAUACAGUUCUCAUUGGUGAUGCUGAAGAAAGACACUGCUCCUCUGGCCUCCCUCUAGUUUUCUUCUCCAUGUGUUUAUGUACCAAGAUCUUGCAAAACAGAUCAUGGUAACCUGUAGGCAAUGAUUUGAAGAUUCACAUUUUUCAUGACUCUAAAAUGCCAAUGAAAUGUAGCUUCUAAAAAUUUCUCACUGUGUUUUUCAUAUUCAGUGUCAAGAAUACCCAGAAUAUAGCAGUUGUAACAUGGAUUGUGUGUACUGUCUGUACAACUUACUUAAGUGUCAUAUAAACUGGGUAAGAGCUUUUGUAAGAGGAGUCCACUGUAGACAGUGUCUUGUCUUCUCCAGGUGUGACCCUGCUAGUGUUUGGGGAGAGCUUGGAAAACACUGAGGCCUUGGAACAUUGUACAGUGAACCAAUGUUCUUCCCAGUUGUCAUUCAAUACCCUAACAAUAUAGGGACAUCAUAAGGCUAACCUCUCUCCAGCCCUUCAGACCAAGGGUCUUUCUGAUGGACUCUGUUCAUCUGGUACAAUCAGAGGCCAUCUUGUAAAGAAACAAUGGAUUGAUCCUUGGGAGAGAAUAUAGUCACCAAUAAUUAAGAGUGUAAAAAAUGUGUCCUGGUUGCUUAACCUCAAACACUCAACAUCCUUAUUCUAAACACAUUGAAAGCAAGCAAUGGUAGGCUCACUAUGAAUUAGUAUUAAGCAAUUAUAAGAAAAGAAUAUUCUCUUCCUUUCACUCAGACCCCUGGCAUGUAAGUUGUGCAAUUAAUGCUAAAGCAUAUAAAGUCUUUAAGCUGAUAGUAUCUGUAAUCAAAUAAUGAGAAAAGGAAGGCAGUUAAAUGAACACACUAUUGAGGGUCAAAUAUGUUCAGCAAAAAGCUGCAGUGGGUCUUUGAUCAUAGUUAGAUUCACAGUGAUAUCAAACAGUUGGUUCUCAUGUAACAGCUAAAUGUUUCAGAAUUUGUUUUUAUUAAAUUUGGCAUUUCACACUGAGAUCUGUAUUCCUAGUGAAUAAAAGACAGCUACCAUGUUAGUAGGGAUUCCACUUUCACAAUUGCAAAAUAGUCAGAGGUAUUUCAGGAACAUGGGCCACAAAAUGUACUCCUUUCACAGUGUUCUCCUAUUCUGAACUGUGCAGUUAUCUAUUAAAUUUUCUAAUAGAUAUUUGUGUAAGGUGUAUGUAUGCUUGUGCAAUUAUUUAAAAAAGCAGUUUUGGAAAACAGUGUAUUUAUUAAAGGAAAUCACUUAUGGGGCAUGUACAAAACUGUAAAAAAAAAAACUUAAAAAAAUCACAUUCAAUUUGCCCAGUAAAGUUGUUUUUGUGAAAUUUCUGUGUUGUUGAAUAAAGGACUUUAGUAUUCAAAAUA